AGCAUAAGCCUGCCCCUCUGAGCAGCAGUCAGUUACAUGUUUACUUGCUUUGUCAGCGGUGUCCCUGCAGCAGAUAUCUUAGGCACCUCACCUGCUGCUGAUCUAAACCUUGGACUUUUAUCUCAGAGAGUGAUUUAUCACAUCGUCAGGGCUCCUUAUCAGCAGUUUCCUCUCUCGUAGCAUUUUCUAGCCAGCCUCUUGCGGACUUUGAGCGGGGGCACAUCGGGUUCACAGGGUUUUUUUUUUUUUCUUCCUAGCUAACAGGGAAAAGAUGACGUUAAAAUCCAAUAAAAACGAACCUGCUGUCAUACUGGAGCCUGUUAACAGCGUCCGGACAGCCCUCUCCGAUCUGUACCUGGAGCAGCUCCUUCAAAACAAACCAAAGUCUGACAAGGCAGCUAUGCAAACCUAUGAGAAUAAGGGGGCCGAGGUUUACACCAAUGGUAGUGCUGGACACAUGAACGGCACAGAACAGGCCGGGAUGAAAGAAGUAGCAUUUGAAAAGAAUCCUUCAGAGCCAAUGGGGGUCACUCUGAAGCUGAACGACAAACAAAGGUGCACUGUGGCCAGAAUAUUACACGGCGGCAUGAUCCACAGACAAGGGUCCUUACAUGAAGGGGAUGAAAUAGCAGAAAUCAAUGGAAAAAGUGUGACAAACCAAACUGUAGAUCAGCUACAAAAGAUCCUGAAAGAAACCAAUGGAGUAGUCACAAUGAAGAUCAUUCCCAACCUGCACGGUCGAUCCAGAGCCUGUGAGAUGUACAUGAGGGCCCAGUUUGACUAUGACCCCGCCAAGGAUGACCUCAUUCCAUGCAAAGAGGCAGGUCUGAAGUUUCAGACCGGUGACAUCAUUCAGAUCAUCAACAAGCGGGAUCCGAACUGGUGGCAAGGCAGAGUGGAGAGCAGUGUUGCUGACUUCGCUGGACUGAUACCCUCCCCAGAGCUCCAAGAAUGGAGGGUGGCAAGUAAAAGCAAGGCCAGAGAGGGCAGUCAGUCCUGCAGCCCGUUUGGAAAGAAAAAGAAGUGCAAAGACAAGUACUUGGCUAAACACAGCUCUAUUUUUGACCAGCUGGAUGUGAUUUCUUAUGAGGAGGUUGUUCGGCUCCCUGCUUUUAAAAGGAAAACACUGGUGCUUAUUGGUGCACCCGGCGUAGGAAGGAGCCAUAUCAAAAAUGCACUUUUGACCAAAUACCCUGAGAAAUUUUCCUACCCUGCCCCACACACCACCAGACCCCAACGUAAGGAUGAGGAGAAUGGACAGGAAUAUUAUUUCAUCUCCAAUGAAGCCAUGACCAAGUGCAUCUCUGGAAAUGAGCUACUGGAGUACGGCAGCUUCCAGGGAAAUAUGUUCGGUACCAAAAUUGAGACCAUCCAGAAGAUCCACGAGCAAGGCAAAAUCGCCGUGCUGGAUGUGGAACCACAGACCUUGAAAGUCUUGCGGACUGCUGACUUUGCACCUCUCGUGGUGUUCAUCGCUCCGACCAACACAGCUACCCAGACGGAAAACCUGCAGAUGAUCCAGAAAGAGUCAGACGCCAUUUCAACCACAUAUAGACACUUCUUCGAUGUGGUUCUUGUCAACAACGACGUGGAUGAAAGUGUGAAAGGUGUGGAGGAGGCCAUGGAGCUUGCCACCUCCACCCCACAGUGGGUGCCUGUAUCAUGGGUAUACUGACAGAUGUCUGGCACCAGUAUAAUACCUUUUUGUUUGUUGAAAAGCAGUGCAAUAUCACUCCUUACACGUAACAAGUUAGUGAUGUCCCAGGUGUGUGUGGGUUUUUAAUGUAAUUAAUGUUAAUUUGUCACACAUUUUUUGCACAAAUGCAUCCAAAAAAUAAGCAAUAUGUAGAAAGGUUUAUUUUAGAAAGUCAAGAACCUCACCAGGGAUGUUAUAUUUGCUUGUUUAGACAUUUGUGCUUCAGGCUUUUGAGGGGCUAAGGGAUAGUUUUGGUGCCGCACACCUUUGUGAUUGUUGGAACGUGAGCAAAUGCAAACUAGGACCACAACUGUGAAUGAAAUCCUCACUUUUAAAUGACAGGAUUUUACCAUGUAAAACAUCGUUUCUGGAUUCAUUGUCAUUUUUUUCUUUUCUCAUUAGAUUGUGCCAUGAAAUUGAGAUUCUGAAACUGUUUGUUCAUACAGUAUGUGUAACUCCAUACAACGAUAAUGUCUUCUAGCACCUUUUAGUCAGUCAUUGACAACCUCACAUCUCAAAAAUUGUAUACCUCAUGGGGUACCGUAAAGGCACUUUUAAACAAAAAAUAAAUUUCCCAGCUCUGUUGCAACCA